GUACGGCCAUUUUCUUCGUAAUGUUAAGAGGUUUAUGAACAUCGAUUUUGUUCAGAGGAAGUGAGUUUAAAUAUUUUGCCGUCAAAGGCGGGUAGUAAGUCAUCGGUUGUUAAAAGUGAAUCUUUACGUAGUUUGACAGUGAUUAAGUGUAAAACCGGAGAAACGCGGCGUUCCCGGUUUCGACGUGUCAAUAGUCUGUCGGGCAGAAUUAUAAGAAGAAAUUAAGAAAGAUCAUCGCUGUGUAUCCUAUACACAUAUCGUACGACGUAGUACGAACUCAUUUUGUAAACGGACGGCGAUUAGAAAAGCAAAAGGUAUACUAUCUCAAUACGUUGCGUUUAUAACCGUCUUCAACUCUACGAGAAGUCGAUCGGAAAGCUAAGCAAACAUGCCGGGCGCUGGAACAUUUAAGCUCUUCAUCGGAAAUCUCGACGAUAAAACACAGGCCAGCGAACUACGUCCGCUAUUCGAAAAAUACGGGACGGUUAUCGAGUGCGACGUUGUGAAAAACUAUGGUUUCGUUCAUAUGGAAAACGAGCAGCAGGGUCGCGAUGCUAUACAAAACUUAAACGGUUACGUUCUCAAUGAUAACCCGAUUAAGGUGGAAGCGGCCAAAAGUCGACGGGCACCGAACACACCGACUACAAAAAUUUUCGUUGGCAAUCUAACGGACAAAACCCGAGCGCCUGAAGUUCGGGAACUCUUUCAAAAAUAUGGUACCGUGGUCGAAUGUGACAUUGUCCGUAACUAUGGAUUCGUUCAUCUGGAUUGUAUCGGCGACGUGCAAGAUGUUAUAAAAGAAUUGAAUGGACGUGUGGUCGAUGGUCAACCGUUAAAAGUUCAAGUGUCGACGAGUCGUGUACGACCGAAGCCGGGUAUGGGCGAUCCAGAACAGUGCUAUCGUUGCGGUCGUUCGGGGCAUUGGUCCAAGGAAUGUCCACGUCUAAUGUUUGGCGAACGCGGCUAUAGAGAUCGUAUGUAUGGACGGGAUCCGUAUCCGCCGCCUCCGCCACCACCGCCGUUUCUACGCGAAAGGAUUAUGGAUGGUUUUAGGGAUUAUGAUUACUAUGAUCGCCGAUAUGAUGACGGUCGUGAUUUGUUCGAAAGGCGCUACUCGAGUUCGCGUAUGCGCGACCCAUUCCCGCCACCACCAAUGGCACGACGGGAACCAAUGCCCCUACCUCCACCAUUGGGUGGUAGCGGGCUGAGAAGCAGCAGUAGUUUGAGUCGAGGCUAUGACUCAAUGUUCAGCCGUAGAUCACCGCCACCACGCAGCAGCAACGGUCUCAGCAGAUAUUCGGGCUACGAGGAUUUCAGUCGCGAUUCAUUUGACGACCGACGACCAGGCCUGAGAGGAGCAUCCCCACCCGGGCGACGUUAUGCACCCUACUGAGACGAGUUAAAAUUCAUGCAUAUACAAUACAAAUACAGUAGAUAGAUUGGACACGUUGCGCACAGUACACAAUGCACGUAGAAAUCUUUUAGCCCCAUAUCGUUUUUGAGAGUUUAGUUUAGUAUUUGACCUCAGAUAUCGGCAUGAUUGUCGGAUAUAAAAUAUGUAAUUCAAUGGUAUUUCUCGUUUCUACUUUUCUUUUAAGUUUAAGACACUUAGAUUUACAUAUCUCCUACAUAAACUUUGUUUACAGUAAUUGGAAUAUACAUACUUAUUUGAAGAUUAUUAUGUUCAGUCUAAAAAUAUCAUUCCCAGAAAUGCCUGGAGAGCUCUUUUAUUUACUACAUUCUUCUGAAGGAUGUGUAUAGGCCAAUAAACCAUUUCCCACGUUACAUGUCUUCUGAUUCAUUUAUCAACCUUCAGAGAUUGGCCUGAACAUUUAGAAAAGUGCGUACAAAUACAAUUUGAAAAUUUACUGGAAAUAUUCUCAUAUUCUCUCAUUGAGGCAACUAAAAUUCAAUAAUUUUAAUCUAAGAUAAAUUAAAGUGGAAGCAUCCUAACAGUGUCCUUUGCUAUCCUUAUCAUCUGUUUCCCUUGUUUUGUAAUUUCCAGACUACAAAUAAAACCUUGAAUACAAUCAUGUAUUAAUUAUGUCAUGAGAACGUAUUUUUCCUUGGCAAUGGUAAGAGUACGAGUAUUUUAGAAAUUAAUCUAUAUAUUGUAAGUGGAUCGUGUAACAUAUGAUUGAGAUUUUGGUGAAAUUAAAAAAAAUAGAAGUAUA